AUGACCCAAACGUAUGCUCUUUGGGGCUUCGCCACUUACUACCAGCCUGGUCAAAACAAGAAUGUGGAGUACAUAUGCAGACCGGAUUCGUCAAAUGAUAUAAUCCCCGUUGACGACGUCAUUGAAAAUGAUAUACAAGUACCAGAACAAAGCAACGUGGUGAUAAAUCUCCAUAAACAAAAUGCAAGUCAUGGAACCGACAAGAAAGCAGCUGAUUGGUCCAGGGUUGAGGAGAAGUCGGAGGAAACUUUGAGAAUAGAACAUGAGAAAAGGAUUGAAGGCGAAAAACAAAAACUACACGACAUUUUGGAUAAGAGAGUGCAAAUCUACAAUCAAAAUAAGCUACUAAUGAAAAGACUUUCUGAACUUGGCAAAAGCUUAAGUCGAUGGAAAAUGAACAUAACUAGAAUGUGGAUGCUUAGAAGACAACUAGACAGUCAACUGAAUCAAACGUACUUUAUACUAACAAGGCAGAAUACUCCGCUCGGGGAAAGAUUCUUCAAUUCUAACCAUCAAAAACCCGUACAAAUGACUGUGGUAAAGAGGGCGCUGCUCCCACUGACGUCACCAUUCUCAGACGUCACGCGGUACAAAAGUUGCGGUGUUGUAGGGAAUGGAGCUAUUUUGAGAAACAGUCACUGUGGUGUGGAAAUUGAUAGUUUAGAUUUUAUCAUGAGGUCUGAUUUACAGCCGAUAGAUCAAUAUAAAGACGAUGCCGGCAGAAAAACCAACCUCGUCAGUAUUAGUCCAAAUACCAAUGCAGUAAAGAUAUUAAAUAUUUAUGGAAAUUUUGACGUUCCGUUUCUCGUGAAAGCCGCCAGUGAAUACAGCGGUUACGUUUUAUGGAUUCCAAACAGCCGAAAUGUGUCUAACAACAUGGCGUUCAAAAUUGCGCAACAUAUCAACAAACAGACAUCCCAAAGGCUGCAGACGCUAUUACUAAACGUGGCGUAUCCCGAAAAUUUCCGAAGGUUUUGGCGUCUUCGUGGAACAGUCCUCUCUUCCAGCAUGACACUGAUUAGCAUCGGGUUUACAAUAUGUGAAACAAUCCAUGUAUUUGGGGUGUGGCCAUUUGAAUUCGACGAAAAAAUGAGUGCCAUACCAUCUCUAUAUUCAUCCGACUUACCCGCACAUCACGGCAAAGGCGAAAAUUUGACGUCGGAAUUCGAACUUUUAACUCAACUUCACGACCAAGGUAUUCUUAGGCUCCAUGUUGGGAAAUGUAUUUGA